GUGAGCUUUAGAGGUACUGUAGACUCCAGUGCUGGUGGACAUAUGGCUCUUGUCCAGUGAGAGGCGGUGGAGAUCAGAUCUGAGCUCUGAUCACAGCAGUAGUGAGCUGCUCACUGCCACAGUCACAACACUGUGACAUCCAUCAGGGAUUUUCACUUUUCUUCUUUUUGUCUUUUUUUCCUAUCAAACGGGUUCAGACUGAAGCAUCCCUUAAAGCAGGUGGUUAUUGGGUGAUCUGAGGAGGUUCACUGCACCACCUAUACCGGCUGUAGGACGUCAUGACAGCCGAAAAGACGAUUCCCAUAAUAAAUGGAAAAGCAGACGAUACGAUGGACCCCGAAGCGGCGAACCCGAGCGCAGUGCGCAGCAAUGAUAAGAAGGUGGUGAACGAGAGAGGACAGUGGAAUAAUAAGGUUGAGUUUGUGCUGUCAGUGGCUGGAGAGAUUAUCGGCCUUGGCAACGUUUGGAGGUUCCCAUAUCUGUGUUACAAGAACGGAGGAGGUGCUUUCUUUGUGCCUUAUGUCAUCUUUUUCGUCUGCUGUGGGAUCCCAGUCUUCUUCCUGGAAACAGCGCUAGGUCAGUUCACUAGUGAAGGAGGCAUCACAUGUUGGCGAAAAGUCUGCCCGCUCUUUGAAGGCAUUGGUUAUGCGACCCAAGUCAUCGAAGCCCACCUGAAUGUUUAUUAUGUGGUUAUAUUGGCCUGGGCCAUUUUCUACCUGUUCAACUGUUUUACAACAGAGCUGCCCUGGGCAUCGUGUGGUCACUACUGGAACACGGAAAACUGUGUGGAUUUUAACAAUGAAAGCAUUGCCAACCUCACCAACCCAUAUGCCACAUCACCAGUCAUGGAGUUUUGGGAACGCCGUGUUCUCAGCAUAUCCUCUGGAAUUGAAGAAGUUGGCAGCCUUCGCUGGGAACUUGCUAUCUGUCUACUUAUAGCCUGGGUCAUAUGUUAUUUCUGCAUUUGGAAAGGUCCGAAAUCAACUGGAAAGGUGGUGUAUGUCACUGCAACCUUUCCUUAUUUCAUGCUGUUGAUCCUCCUUCUUCGAGGAAUCACACUGCCAGGAGCUGCUAAUGGAAUUAAAUUCUACCUGUAUCCUGACAUCUCUCGUCUGUCAGACCCUCAGGUGUGGGUGGAUGCAGGAACUCAGAUCUUCUUCUCAUAUGCUAUAUGUCUUGGCUGUCUUACGGCUCUCGGCAGCUACAACAGCUACAACAACAACUGCUACAGGGACUGCAUCAUGCUGUGCUGUUUGAACAGUGGCACGAGUUUUGUGGCGGGAUUUGCCAUCUUCUCUGUCUUGGGCUUCAUGGCAUAUGAACAGAAUGUGCCGAUAGAGGCAGUGGCAGAGUCAGGUCCUGGUCUAGCAUUCAUAGCAUAUCCUAAGGCUGUAACCAUGAUGCCGUGGUCUCCACUGUGGGCCUGCCUCUUCUUCAUGAUGCUUAUCUUCCUUGGACUUGACAGUCAGUUUGUGUGUGUGGAGAGUCUUGUGACUGCAAUCGUGGACAUGUAUCCUAAAACCUUCCGCGUGGGCUAUCGGCGAGAGCUUCUCAUCCUGGGAAUGUCUGUGGCCUCGUUCCUCGUGGGUCUAAUAAUGUUGACAGAGGGUGGCAUGUAUGUGUUCCAGCUAUUUGAUUCGUAUGCAGCCAGUGGCAUGUGUCUGUUGUUUGUGGCCAUCUUUGAGUCCAUCUGCAUUGGCUGGAUUUAUGGUAGCGACAGGUUUUAUUUGAACAUUGAGGACAUGAUUGGAUACAAGCCCAUCUUCUUCAUCAAAUGGUGCUGGAAGUUCUUCACCCCAGGCAUCUGCGCUGGCAUCUUCCUGUUCUUCUUAAUCAAGUACAAGCCGCUGAAGUAUAAUAAUGUCUACACAUAUCCAGAUUGGGGUUAUGGCAUUGGCUGGAUGAUGGCUAUGUCCUCUAUGGUUUGCAUCCCUCUGGGAAUCUUAUUUCAGAUCUGGAAGACGGAAGGAACUUUCCGUGAGAGGAUCAAAAAGCUGACCACACCCAGCUCUGACCUGAGAAUGAGGGGACGCCUCAGCUCCAGGGGUCCCUGUGCUAUCAAUGAUGCUGAUGCCAAAAUGAGGGCGGAUGGCAAGAUCUCCACCAUCACAGAGAAGGAGACGCAUUUCUAAACCCAAGACACGGACAUCACCGGCACAACAGACAGAAAAGUGAAGAAACAAAUAUGUUUGCCUUUAUUUUUAAAGAGAGAUCUAUUAUCACAUUUGUAGUGUUGCUUUUUUGCACAAACAGGUAACACAUCACAAUUUAACGUCAUGAUUAAAACCUGUUUCGUAUCAGAGUGUAUCUAAAUCUAGAUAAAAAAUAUUGUCUGUAUCGCGUCACUCUUUGUCACAUUAGUCAUUUCUGUACUUGUAGAUUGAGGCCAAGGCAUAAUGUGCUGUGAAAUGUGUUUACACAUUGGCUCUUGGCUCUGUGCAGAUUACUGUAGAGUAUUAUUCUAAUGGAUAGGAGAUGUAUUGAUGACCACUCCAAACGUUGGCUGUAUGUUUGUAGAUGAGGCUCAGUGUUGUCAGAUACGCUGUGAUUCGCUGUCCUUCAGCUAGCAUUGACUCGCGGGGCGAGCAUGACGUAGCAAGCUCAUUCGCCACGGUGUCUUACGCGGCUCGUAUUCUUGGCCAUUUCACACCAAUUAAACUGAGUUUAAUUGAAGGUGACAGACCAAACGCAGUUUAUCACUUUGAUUUUUUUUAUUUUUUAUUUUUUUUUAUUUUAGGCUGGUGGUUCAGAGAGUCAUCUGGGCACACUUGUCAUAAACCCCUCAUUAAUGUUCAUAAGCAUUCUGUCUUAAUAGUGUGAUUUUGCAUUAUGAUGUUUAAGGGGAAGUCUGAUGGUAAAAGAAGUGUAGCUUUCGCGUUCGUGUGAGGACAGCAUUAAAGCGAUGCUGUGGAACACAACAGUGCACAUUUUAAACAGUUCAUACAGUUAUUUGUAUAACAGUACCAUAAAAUUAAAUCAUACACUCAACUAUGUUCACUUAUAAUAUAGUCUGCUUUCAUGUUACAAUUAAAAAAUGGCAUGUCAAAGUCAUUAUUGAUAAAAUUAUGCACCAUUAUGCAACGUGCACAAUUAUUGAUUUUGCAUUAUGAUGUUUAAGGGGAAGUCUGAUGGUAAAAGAAGUGUAGCUUUCGAGUUUGUAUGUGAGGACAGCAUUAAAGCGAUGCUGUGGAACACAGUAGUGCACAUUUUAAACCGUUCAUGCAGUUAUUUUUAUAACAGUACCAUAAAAUUAAUUCAUACACUCAACUAUGUUUACUUAUAAUAUAGCUUUCAUGUUACAAUUAAAAAAUGACAUGUCAAAGUCAUUAUUGAUAAAAUUAUACACCAUUAUGCAACGUGCGCAAACAUAGGCUAUGCGUGAGGGUUUGUGUAUUAUGGCCCACUGUAGAGAAUAUUUGGUUCAACUGUUAAUUUAAUGGUAUCGAUUCAGUAAUAGAUUUGAUGUGAAAAUAUUCUAUAUUUCUGAUACGGUCCAAAAGCUAUUAAUCAGAUGCUAGCUCAUUCCCUAAGAGAAAGUGCAAACGACAAAGAAGCAGCUUGUCAUGUCUAUUUUAGGCGAUUGUAGCCCAGGUACUGACAUCCAUUAAGUCAUUAGGAAGCAGUGGAAAUGUGUUCGAAUGACCCUUGCAAUUCAACAGCCAUAAGUACUUUGAUCAAACUGUGCUGGAUCUGUAAUGUACUAUCACAGUUAAGAGCACUUUUUGUUCGUAGUAUACUCAGGAUGCACUUUGAGCCCUGUGCACAUGCAUGCAAUCUUUGGUCUGGUCGGUUUCAUCGUGACAUCAUCAGUUUGUGCAAGUAAACUUGUUUGUGUUUUAAUAGCCCUGUUAACUUUUGAGAUAUAUGUAUAUUUUUACAUUUCUUUAGUUGUUUUGUGUACUGUUUCUUGAUGAAAAAACUGUUUCUCUGAGGACUUUUGAUAUGUCAUUCAACAAUCAAGUUCUAGGUAUAUGAUGGAAUUGUUAUAUGUGCUGUUUACACAGAUUUUGGUAUUCACAGGACAUAUGAAUUGUGUGCUUACUCAUUUUUAAAAAUAAAAGUUAAAAACGGA